AUUUAGACGUGCGAACACAGACUCGUCGAGCGCAGAAUAUAGCCGAGUGCGACUCCGAGUUUUCCGCAGCAAAUCGUAAACAAAAACGAUUCUGAUGAACUGCAUCACGUAAUGUUAACUUAUCAAAACAUCCCAUUGGGAUAUCAAUGAAACUUGUAGUAAAGUUUAAUGGGCCUCUUGGCUUGGCUGUUGGUGGAUAAUGUCAAACGAAGAGAAUCGCCAAGAUUCAAAAGUAAAUUUAAAUACUUCAGCUAGCAAUGCUGAAGAAUCAGAACAACAGCUAUCACAGCAGCAAAAAAUUAGCAGUCAACAGCUAUUUAGAAAAUCCAAUACCAAAAUUGAAGUCAGAAGUUCCAAGAUAUUACUGGAUGAAAAACUAUCUAGCAAAAUGUUCACAUAUGCCAGAGAAACAAUAUGUUUUUUUCUUGCCAUAGCUUUUACAGCACUUGCAGCAUUACACAGUUCACCACCACGAAUAUCAAAACCUCCUAUUGCAAGGCCAUUUUUCAAUGAAAGUUCCUUAGUUCUCGAUUACUAUAAGGGUCAUUUAGGAGCACUAAUUGAUAGAGUAACAGAUUUUGAUUUCUGUUUUGUAAUGUAUUAUGCUCCAUGGGAUGCAGAAAGUCAAAUUGUAAAAGAAGAGUUUGAAAAAGUUGCCCAGUACUACAAUUCUCAGGUGUUUUUUGCUGCAAUAAACUGUUGGCAUCCAGGAUCAGAAUGUAGGGCUCGAUAUAGUAAGAUACAAAGCUAUCCUGUUCUUAUGAUGUAUCCAGCAAAAGAAUCAGGAAUUCAGUACAAAGGAGUUCGGAGUGCACCUUACAUGAUACGCUUCAUACAUAACUUUAUGAAUCCUAUAAUAAGAGUUAGCAAAGACGAUGAAAUAAUGGAAUUAUUGAAAUCAUAUGAUGCCGUAAUGAUUGGCUACUUUCGUUUUGACGGUAUAUCAAGAAGUCCAGGUUACAGAGAAUUUUAUCGAGCGGCUUUGCGAAAUCUAGAACGUGAUCCCAAUGGGGAAGUAGCAUUUGUAGCAGUAAUAAAUAAAGAUCUUAUAGAGGAUCACGGAGUAAUGAAAUUCCCUUCAGCUAGUUUAUUGAUGUGGAACGAAACUUUGUUUUAUCCAGACACGAGUAAAUGGACUUCAGAUAAUAUCAACAAUUGGAUAAGCAGUUCUCUCCACCGAGUCGUAACUUGGAUCCAACCACCCGGCAGUAAAUCUCUAACUUUUGCUCCUUACUUAUGGGACGGCCCUGUUUUAUUUUUAUUUACUCCACGUAAUCCUCUUCAUUUCGAUAACGAUAAUUAUAAUUUAUUGAGAGAAAUAGGACUUCAAUACUACGACUGCGUCGGCAAUCCGCAAAUAAACGACACGGUGUCGAGGCUGCGCGAGAGUCGAAACGCUGCGGCACAGCGAGCCUUCAAGCGCCGAGAAUACUGCACGGGUCUACUCGACGAGGAGGAGCAGCAGCAGCAACGGCAGCAGCUGCACCAGGAGUCGAUUCUCGCGCAGAGGGUCGCCAGACGCGAAAGGUCCUGGAGCAACAUCACCGUGGAGUGUUGCACGGGCACGCCGACGAAUCGCUGCGUCUCGUGCACGAAGAAGCAGCCGUUGCCGAGGGACGAGUCGCAGGCCGUCUGCGCCGCGCCCGGGGCGUUGGCCUGUCGCAGCCUCGACGUGUUCGGCGCCGAACUGCCACUGAUUCUGGACGAACGUCCGACGGCGACUUACGCUCGUCCUGGCAGCUUCGAAGGCGACAACGAGGACAACAACAGCUGCUCGGCCAACGAGAGCUGCGACGAGCGAUCCAGCGAUACGGGAAACGACGAAGAAGAAGUCGAGAGGAUCGAUCCUCGAUCGGCGGCGUCGGUACAGAAGGCCCACGAACGCGAGGAGUGUCGCCGAUUUCUCGCCGGAUACAGCUACCGAAGGCCUGUGUUUCCUCGCGACGAAGACGACGCCGCCGCCGAUUCGAAAGAGGAGGAAGUCCAGCUCACCAAGGACAGAUGCCACGUGAACAAGACUCUGGCGUUGGUGGCGAUCGACAGUUUGCAUUAUUUUCACUUCUCCGAGGGCCUCGGUAUCGAGCUCGGUGACAAAUCGGAUAAAACGGCUCUCGUGAUACUCGACCCAAUGGACGAAUCUCAGUACGUACUGCAAGACGAUUUCGGCCGCAAUACCCUGGCGCGAUUCAUCAACAAUUAUACGCACGGAUAUCUCAGACGAACGCUGCGCUCGAACAAUCCUCAGCGAUUCAUUCGCACGCCCGCGACGAAGCAGCAGUGCGAGUCCGAUGGACAAUCGAGAGUAUGCGUGGAAGAAUUGUCUACCGAAACAUUUCUGAAAACGAUACUCAAUCCCGAUAAGGACGUAGUUGUGAUGUAUCAUUCGCCAUACUGUGGAUUCUGCAGUGCCGUCGCUUACGUUUACCUGACCGUUGCGCAUUACCUCGCCAAAAUGGACCAUUUAGAAUUCGUGAGGAUCGACGGCGACAAUAACGACUUGCCGUGGGAGUACACGAUGACGCGUUAUCCUUCAAUCCUAUUUUUCCCCGCUAGAAGAAAAGAGGAUAGCACCCUGUUUCCGUGGAAGCUGCCCAUCUCCGUGGGAAACCUGCUGAAUUUCGUGCUGGCGAAUCUCGACGCGGAGUCGCACGUCGAGGCGCUGAUCAACGUCUGUGCCGCGACCGGCGGCUCCUCGGACUGCGUCGAGCGCGUCAGAUGGCUGUGCCUGGACGUGAUAGAGGAGCACCUGCGCGAGUUCCGCCAGCUCCGCAGGCUCGACCAGUAUCGCCGUGGCGUCGUCAGCGGCGAGCCCAACAAUUCGAGGAAGAAAAUUUUGUUGCUCAAGCUGGCCUUAAUCAGAGAGGUUCAUCUGGAGCUUCAGACCUGUAAAAAGCUCGAUAAAGAUACACACAUGGUAGGAGUGUUGAGAAGCAAGUUCCGGACUUUUUAUAGAAAAAUAGAAAAGCUGCGACAGAAUAGAAAAACAACUAAUUCUACUUCCAGCAAUGAAGAAAAGGAACAGAAAAGUUUGUGAUAUACUAGAUUUUCUAAUUUAAUAAAUUUAUUGCUGAACUAUGCACUCUUUCCGAGUUGAACCAUUUUACCCGACGACAAUUUAAAAACGGCAAUGCAAAGAAUAUUUGUGAAUUCUUCGUAAUGUCCAAUCGUAACAUUUCGGGUAUUCCGAUAAAAUUUUCUAAAAGAAUCUAGCUUUUGAUGCGAGUAAGAAGAAACUAAAUAAUUAGUAUAUGUUUCUUGCCAUAAGAGAGCUAUAUUUUUCUUCAAAUACUUACAAUCUCAUCAAGAAACACAUUCCCUAUUGUUAUGCUAUAGUCCAAUUUAGUCAUGUUAGACUGAAAAAAGCAAAUGAAUUAUGUACAACGAAAUUACACUUGUUUUUUAAUAGUUUUUAAGGAUAAUAAAAUCAUCACAAUUGUUAUAAUAUUAAGAAAAAAUCGAAUUUUUUUUUUGUUAUUUAAGAAUAAGAGGUGCUACAAGCAAAUUGUGUUUAAUUGAUGUGGUUUUAAAGUGACCAAAAAACAAUCAUGAACUACUAUAUUGUAAAAUUAUAUCAGAUUUAUUUUAAAAUUAGAGUUAUAGAAUUAGAAACAAAUCGAUGUAAGAUUCAUUGAAAAUUGUGAAACGAGCGUGAGUGUUAAAAACAAUACCUAUUUUAUUAGUGUGCUUGAUAAAACGAAUGUGUAAUAUAAUAUCAAAUAAAAAAUAUGUAUUUAACAAAUGUUUUUAUUACCAAUGUAAUACUUGAAAA